GCUGCGGGGCCUCUGAGCGGCCGGGGCUGCCCGCCGCGCUGCCUGCUCCGCCGCGGACGCGUCUUCCAGGGCGAGUCCCUCGGUCGGAUGAAAGGGAUCCAUUGGGUUCUUGCUGCACCCCGGGAAGGAACAGCGGUGAGAACGAGGAAAACAUAGGCAAGAGACAAAAAGCUGCGAUCAGGUGAAGAGCCUCUCUCCUGAGCAGAGGAAGGGGAACCCUGACCAAGAACAGUAGAGCGUUUAUUUAUACCCUCAAGAGAUGCUGGGAGCCCCACCUCUGCUGUUGGCAGCUGCCUCAUUGGGCAUUGCACUGCUGGCCUUCCUGCUGCUACUAAGACACUGGGGCUGGGGCAUGUUACUCAUAUUCUGGUACGAGCUUGUUGUGCAGCCCGUCAGAAACCUGGUCAUGGGUGACACUAAGGAACAGCGCAUCCUGCGCCAUGUGCAACAGCAUGCCAAGCCUGGGGACCCGCAGAGUGUGCUGGAGGCCAUCGAUACUUACUGCUCACAGAAGGAAUGGGCCAUGAACUUGGGCAAAAACAAAGGUGAGAUCAUGGAUGCUGUGAUUCGGGAGCACAGCCCCUCCCUGGUGCUGGAACUGGGGGCCUACUGUGGCUACUCAGCUGUGCGUAUAGCCCGCCUGCUGCCACCUGCUGGGCGGUUGCUCACCAUGGAGAUCAACCCCGACUACAGUGCCAUCACCCAACAGAUGCUGGACUUCGCAGGCGUGCAGGACAAGGUCACCGUCCUGCUUGGGGCGUCCCACGACCUCAUCCCCCAGCUGAAGAAGAAGUAUGAUGUGGACACGCUGGACAUGGUCUUCCUCGACCACUGGAAAGACCGCUACUUGCCAGACACCCAUCUCCUAGAGGAAUGUGGCCUGUUGCGGAAGGGGACAGUACUCCUGGCUGACAAUGUCAUCGUCCCAGGAACACCAGACUUCCUGGCAUACGUGCGUGGGAGCAGCAGCUUUGAAUGUACACACUACAGCUCAUACCUGGAGUACCUGAAGGUGGUGGAUGGCCUAGAGAAGGCUGUCUACAAAGGCCAAGGCAGCACAGAGCAGUCUUAAUUGCCCACCCUGCUCUGGGUUACCCUGCCAAGUCUGGUCUGGAAGGAUGAGAUGGAUGUUUUGCUGCUGAGGUCAUAUCUGUGAUCCUGGGGUCUUUCCUUACAUGUGAAGCAUACUUUAGGCAGGAGUCUUCCUCAGGCUGACCUUCUGUGUUGCAGUUCCAAAUUGUCACACACUGGCACACUUCAAAGUGUAGGGGGAUCACCAUGCAAAACCACUGCAAUACAUCUGGAUGGUAUCUGCUGAUAAAGACUAAAUUGAGGGCUUAGUUAUAACUCAGUGGUAGAACACUUGCCUAGUAUGUACGAGGUAUCAGCUCCAAGCCCUAGCACUGCAAAAAGUAAACAAAAAAUUGGAGCCAAUGACAGUGUCGCCAGCCAGCAAAUGGAACUCCAAUAGGGUGUGUACAACUCAGUGGUCCGCAGGCACUGACAAAUCAUUAGACCUGGGAAAGACUGAGCAAGCUGCAGACAUCUAGAAACUGCUGGGCUCACUCAGGCCAUCCUAGAGGUUUGCUGUCACCAGGUGGCAGCAGUGUCUCGGUGACAGUACCAGCCACCAACUCAUCACACUUCUGACUCAAAUUUUUACCUUUUUAAGACUAACUCAUAACCUCUUUACUAAACUCAGCUAGCUGUAAUAAUCCUCCAUACCAAAACAUUUAAAAGACAUAAAAUGGAAAUUAAAGAUCUAAACAUUUAUAUA